GAGUCUCUCUGGGGAGAGAGAAGGGGGACCUGCCUCUAAAAUGAGUCUCUCUGAGGAGAGAGAGGAAGGACCUGCCUCUAAAAUGAGUCUCUCUGGGGAACAUGACACCAAAUCUAAGUGCCCAAUCAAGUGGGAGAGACCAGCUCCCCUGUACCCAGCUGUGUGUCCAUGAAGAGUGACCAGUCUAUGGGUAAACCUAUAAACUUUCGAGAGGGAGACCUUUCUACUGAACAAAGAAACCAACAGGAGAGAUCAGAGUCAGAGAUUCUCGGUGGUCAGUCUUCCCAGAGUCAUCAAACAGACCUGGCCUCCAUAUUGAGUUUGCUUGAAGAGAAUAUUAUUACAUUUGUGAAGAAUGAGCUGAAGAUGUUCAAGAGGAUUCUUAGUCCAGAACUCCCAGAAGGCUUUGAGAGUCAGAAGCAGGAAAAGGAAGUGGUGGAUGCUGAAGAUGAGAAACAGGAGAGCAGUGCCAGAGAGGGGGCUCUGAAGAUUACACUGCACGUCCUGAGGAAAAUGAACCAGAAGGAGCUUGCUGACACUCUGGAGAACUAUUCGGAUGAUCCUGCUGUGAUUUGCCAACGUGAACUCAAAUCUAAUCUAAAGAAGAAGUUUCAAUGUGUAUUUGAGGGGAUCACUAAACAAGGAAACCCAACACUUCUCAAUGAGAUCUACACAGAGCUCUACAUCACAGAGGGUGGAACAGGAGAGGUCAAUAAUGAACAUGAGCUGAGACAGAUUGAGACAACAACCAGGAAACAAGCAAGACCAGAGACUGCAAUCAAAUGUAACGACAUCUUCACACCCUUAACUGGACAAGACAAACGUAUCAGAACUGUGCUGACAAAGGGAGUUGCUGGCAUUGGAAAAACAGUCUCUGUGCAGAAGUUCAUUCUGGACUGGGCUGAAGGAAAAGCAAAUCAGGAUGUCCAAUUUGUAUUUUCAUUCCCUUUAAGGGAGCUGAAUUUGAUGAAAGGGGACAAACACAGUUUCAUUGAGCUUCUCAAUCACUUCUCAAUGGAAACCAAACAAUCAAGAAUCUCCAACUACGAAAAGUACAAAGUUAUUUUCAUCUUUGAUGGUCUGGAUGAGUGCCGACUGCCCCUAGACUUCCAGAAGAACAAGAUAUGUUGUGACGUCACAGAGUCAACCUCAGUGGAUGUUCUGCUGACAAAUCUCAUCAAGGGAAAUCUGCUUCCCUCUGCUCUCAUCUGGAUAACUACCCGACCUGCAGCAACCAAUAAGAUCCCUUCAGGGUGUGUUCACCAGGUGACAGAGGUUCGAGGUUUCAGUGACCCACAGAAGGAGGAGUACUUCAGGAAAAGAUUCAGUGAUGAGGACCUGGCCAGAAGAAUCAUCUCCCACAUAAAGACAUCACGGAGCCUCCACAUCAUGUGCCACAUUCCCGUCUUCUGUUGGAUUUCUGCAACAGUCCUUGAACACAUGCUGAAACACAAGAGAGAAGAGAUGCCCAAGACUCUGACAGAGAUGUACACACACCUUGUGGAGUUUCAUACCAAACAGAAGAAUGAAAAGUAUAUUGGGAAAGAAGAGACAGGUCCACACUGGAAUAAAGAGAGCAUUCUGUCACUGGGAAAACUGGCUUUUCAACAGCUUGUGAAUGGAAAUCUGAUUUUCUAUGAAGAAGACCUGAAAGAGGCUGGCAUUGAUGUCAAUGAAGCCUCAGUGUACUCAGGAUUGUGCACACAGAUCUUUAAAGAGGAAUGUGGGCUGUACCAGGACAUGGUGCACUGCUUUGUUCAUCUGAGCAUUCAGGAGUUUCUGGCUGCUGUAUAUGUGUUCCUCUCAUUCAUCAACAACAAUGAGAAUCUAAUGGACAAACUGCAAACAAAAGACGAGCAUGAAGUCACUGUCUACAAGAGUGCUGUGGAUAAAGCCUUACAAAGUGAGACAGGAAACCUGGACCUGUUCCUCCGCUUCCUUCUGGGCCUCUCACUGGAGUCCAAUCAGAAGCACUUGUGAGGUCUACUGACAGAGACAAGAAGCAGCUCACAGAGCCAUGAAGAAACAGUCAAGUACAUCAAGAAGAUGAUCAGGAAGAAUCUCUCUCCAGAGAGGAGCAUCAAUCUGUUCCACUGUCUGAAUGAACUGAAUGACCAUUCUCUAGUGGAGGAGAUCCAAAGCUACCUGAGCUCAGGAAGUCUCUC